AUGCUCUUCAAACCAUCGUUGCCACUGUCGGUGGGGUUGCUGUGGUAAGUAGCAUCCGCCUUCCCGCUGUUCCGUCCAGCGCAGGGAGAGGGAGAGGGGUCGUGGGGUCGGCUCGCUUGCGAAUCGCAGCCUCCCGAUGCUCAACUCCAUCUCUGACACUGGGGCUGCGCAUAUUCACGUGCAGGAAGAACCCGUGGCGCAUGUCACAGACACGCAAGAUGCGGGCUCGACUGCGACUCAAGACGGUCGAUCACAACAUUGCCGUCGUCGAACAGGCAUCCCCGUCGACUCUGUCCCUGGUCCGUCUCUUCGCCAUGCUUCUUUGCGCUUGCCAGGCCCCCCUGAGAUCAAUGCGGCCCGUCUUGCUUACUUUACAUUUCGUCCUCCCGACCUGACCCCUGCCUCAUUGCUGGGUGACUGUCAAGCAGAAAGCGGCUCUUGCGCUACCGACCGAAGCUAGCAUGCCCGCCAGGGACAAGUACACCACCUUUUCGCGCACAGAGCGCGGAUACCGCAAGUCGAUGCACAAGAUCCCCAAAUGUAAGCCGUUCAAGUGCGCUAUAGGGUCUGAUGUGUAGCAUUCGACGUGCUGCCUUCCAUCUGAAUCUGGCACGCUGACACGGAGCCGUUCGGAUCGUAGGGACCAAAUUGACCAACCGCACAAAUCCACUCGGUUUCUGA